GGCGCAGAUGGUGCUGUUGCUGCGGGUGGCCUGCGCAAGCCUCUCACUUUUCCUCUGCUCCGCGGUCCCCUUGGUGCUGUCUCCUUCGAAAUAUGCCGGGAGCAUGCAUGCGCGAACGCUUCACAAUGGCAGCGCUCACCGUGAGAAGAGGCAGCUCUCGGAAAUCGUGUACGCCCUGACUUCGGGAGCCAGGCUCAUCAUUGGAGCUGGCGUAGGAUUGUUGCAGUCCGUUGGCAGAAUAGGAAAAGAAGUCGUCGGUGAAUCGGACGGGGGUCUUCUAGGCCUGCUCAGUUCGCUCUUCACUGGCGUUAACGUCAGCCUAGACCUGGUAAGGAACGUUUUACUGGCUGUGCUCGGAACGAAGGACAUCCUUCUGGGCACGCCUUCAAAAGACGAGCUGACCGCGGCGGCAGAUCCUUUGGUCGACCACAACUCGUAG